AUUAAAAGAUCUAAUGAAUACAAUAGAUAUGUUAAUAGAAAAUUUUUAUCGGAACUCAAUUUGUAAAACAAUAUGGAAAGAGGAUACAGACCAAUUGGAUGAAAUUAUUGAUUGGAUACAUUCAGAAGCCGUUGUAUUGAAUGCAAUUAUGCAUAGUAAUAAUAAUCUUAGAAUACCAUCAUAUGAGAAAAUGAUGAAAGUAAUUAAUUUUCUUAAAGAAAAUAAUUUUUGGCGUUCGAAUCCAUAUUCACUUAAUAUUAUUAAUAAUAAUAUAAAUAAUGAUAAAACUGUUGUUAAGCCAAAUUAUCAAUUAUAUAUGAAAAAUGUUAAAGAUCUAUGGGAAAAUAAUAAAGGAUUCAAUAAUGAAUAUGAAAAAUAGUACAGUAAUUAAAUUGAUAUAGAAAUAUGACCAAAAUAAUGUGUGUAUAUUACUUACUUGCUUACUUACUUACGCCUGUUACUCCUAAUGGAGCAUAGGCCGCCGACCAGCAUUCACCAACUCGCUCUGUCCUGGGCUUUAAUGUGUAUAUUUAUGACUAGAUAAUUGAAUGUACUUUGUUUUUGUUUGGA